CAUCCAGCCAUUGUUUUGGACAGCCUCUAGUCUUUUGAAAUGAGGAAGUAGAAGCAGAAAUUGCAAAAGAAAGCUGUCUAUAAGGACAUGGCAAUGGCCUCUUCAUCUUUACAGCAUGCUUUUAUUUUUAUACUCCUGGGGAGUAUCAGGACUUUAGCCUUGGAGAAAUAUAUUGCAGCAGUAUUCGAACAUGCAGUCAUACUGCCAGAAUCCACAGUGAACCCUGUUUCCCCUGAAGAGGCCUUAAAACUGAUGAACCAAAACAUAGACAUCUUAGAAGAUGCCAUCCAAAAAGCAGCAAAGCAGGGAGCACAUAUCAUUGUGACUCCAGAAGAUGCCAUAUAUGGAUUUUUCUUCACCAGAGAGACCAUUUAUCCUUACCUUGAGGACAUUCCAGACCCACAGGUCAACUGGAUUCCAUGUACUGAUUCUGAAAGAUUUGGACCUGCACCAGUCCAAAAAAGACUGAGCUGUCUGGCCAGGAACAAUUCAAUCUAUGUGGUUGCCAAUAUGGGUGAUAAGAAGAAUUGCAGUUAUAUAGACCCAAAGUGCCCCUGCGAUGGCCGCUAUCAAUACAACACAAAUGUUGUCUUUGAUUCAGAGGGAAAGCUGGUAGCACGAUACCACAAGUUCAACCUGUUUAAGGGGGAGCAACAAUUUGAUAUCCCUAAAGAGCCUGAACUUGCAACCUUCGAUACUGCCUUUGGAAAAUUUGGCCUCUUCACUUGCUUUGAUAUUCUCUUCCAUGAUCCUGCUGUAAUCCUCAUAACGCAGCUCUCUGUGGACACUAUCCUUUUCCCGACAGCCUGGAUGAACGUCCUCCCACAUUUAACUGCUAUCGAAUUCCAUUCAGCUUGGGCCAUGGGGAUGCGUGCCAAUGUUCUGGCAGCUAAUACUCAUAAUCCCAUCCUCAAUAUGACAGGCAGUGGUAUCUAUACACCAUCCAGAUCAGAAGCCUAUCAUUAUGAUGCAGAAUCAACGAAUGGGCACCUUUUGGUUGCAGAAAUCUAUUCCCAUCCUUCUCGUUUUCCCACCCCUCUUCCUACUGUUAACUGGAGCUCGUAUGCCACAACUGUUGAAGGGUUUCAUGAGGGCCCUACUUUCUCUGGAUUUAUUUUCCAUGAUGACUUCACCUUAUGUACCCUUGGAAAAGAAGCUGACAAUCUUACUGUGUGCCAGAAAAGUCUCUGCUGCCAUUUAAGCUACAGGAUGGUGAAACAAGAAGAAGGUGAACUUUACGUGCUAGGGGCAUUCGAUGGUCUUCAUGAGGUUGAAGGACAAUAUUACUUACAGAUCUGCACAUUGCUGAAGUGCGGAAGUAUGGACCUUCAAAGCUGUGGCCAGGCAACCAAGACUGCUAAAUCCUCUUUUGAUUUUUAUUCUCUCAGUGGCACAUUUGGCACAAACUACAUCUUCCCAGAGGUUUUACUCAGUGGGAUUCGUUUGGCCCCUGAUUUGUUUCAGGUUUUGAAAGAUGGACAACUGGUCAGUCAGAAUGAUACCCCUCAAGCUGUUUUAACUGUGACACUUUUUGGAAGAUGGUAUGAAAAGGAUCCUCCAUCUACACACAUUGACGUGUAACCCUAGCACCAAGAGAAUCACAGUUCCCAAUAAGGUUGAAUCCACUAUUCAACAAAUCAGUUGCUUGAUACUUUUACUAUUUCAGUUGUCACUUAUUGUUCAGUAAUGGAUAACUCAAC